UUUCAGGAUAUAUUAUUUCUUUGAAAAAAUAAGAUAGAUAUUCUCAAACGAAAAGACAUAGGAUGUUGUAAAAGAGACAAAACACAUGUUGGAAGGUCAAAUUCAGUAAAAAAAACAUUCGUCACUCUUUUCAAAUUGACAAGUAGAAUUAGUAGCUGUAAGAGAGAGAGGUAGUUGGGAUCGCUUUGUUAAAUGAUAGGAAGACCGGGCUUAGAGACAUGCAGGCAUGCAUGUAGGAAAGCAGACUGGCAGGCAGACAGGACAGGACAGGCCAGGCCAGGGUAAGCCGAGCCAUGCAGGCAAGUCAAGAGAAGGCAGACAGGCAGGCAGGCACAGGAAAGAGCCGUCGCUGUUGAAAGCCGGGACAGGUUACUUCGGCAGUAAGCAAGUGGCAAGUGUUAGUCGUCCGACAGCACUUGCCACGAAUAGGCAUGCGAUGGUCCCGUUAAGUACCGAUUUUACGUUUACUUGUCUUCAUAUCCAAUCAAAUAUUGAACAGUGAAUCAUUUCUAACGUUUUGCAAAAGUGACAACGUUUAAAUAGAUUAAUAAAAAGAGAUAUUACUUGAUGAAAACCUUUUAAAAUUGAUUUUCAUAUAACAUAGGAAAAUAGAAGAGAGAAAGAUAGAAAGAUAGACAGAGAAAAGAAGAGUGUCUAUCUGUUAGCUAUUCGAGUGUCCAGUAACAGACAAAAUAAUGAGUAAGAGGAUAGCAUAUGUCUGCAGGAGUACAGGAACGAGUGAAUGCAUUUGAGCGUGUGCGUGCACGUGCGUGUUUCUGAUCCUGAUCGACCUCGAAGACGCGCGAUCAUCUGCCUUCGAGGACACGAUGCUGAUGCUGACAAUUCGUCUCGUUUUACUUUCGAUCUUCUUUCAACAUUUUGUUGCCGCUAAUCCUAUCACUUCCGCUGAGGAACAAUGCCAGAAGAAAUUAGCCGAGUGCACGAUAGAAGAUAAAAGUGAACCGGUAUGUGGAAGCGACGGUGUCACGUAUCCUAGUCAAUGUCAGGUCAUUUCGAAGCAGUGCCAGGGUGAAUCUAUCCUAAUUAAACACACCGGACCCUGUCCAGAAAUGCCAGCAUGCUUUUCGGCGAGAUUGUCGUCACGAUCGAGAGUACGACCGGUUUGCCGACCAGAUGGUACAUUUGCGCCGGUGCAAUGCCACAUGGAGACCGGGUUUUGCUGGUGCGUAACAUUGCAAGGACGUCCACUGCCGAAUACCUCGGUAAGGCACCAAAGACCGAGAUGCGAGAAACUCGCUCUCAGAUCUGCCAUUGCUACUAAGAGUGGACACAAGAGACGUUCCUCUAAUUUGAAGGAAAAUGGACACUAUAACAAUACAAAACGAAAUGCAUGUGGUCGUCUUGAAAAAACCAAGUUUAAUAAUAAUCUCAUAGAUAAUUUUAGGAUUGAAUAUAAACGAACUAAUAUAUCAGCGAAUGGUGACAAAAACGUGGAACGCGUAUUGUCUUGGAAAUUCAGUACUCUAGAUCUAAAUGGGGAUGGUUAUCUGGAUCGUACGGAGUACAAGGAACUUCGCAAAGUUGCUAAACAAGUAGUUAAACCUAAAAGAUGUGCUCGUACGUUCGCCCGAACCUGCGACAUCGAUCGAGAUCUCAGACUUUCUAAGCAAGAAUGGGGUACUUGCUUAUCCAACGAUUUCACUCUACGUUUGUUCUUGUCGCUGAACUCCGCAGCAGAUCCUCGCGAGGUCCCCGAGGACCAGAGGACACAGGCCACUGAUAAAGUACUCAAAGGUAAUGCCUCGCCUACAGAUACAAGAACCACGUAUUCUGAUAAUCCAGCCGAUACCAAAGAAGAAAAUGAUGCAACGGACUGUUUAUCGGAUAGGCUAUCGGUAAUGGAAGAUCAAAGAAAUAAUUCACAAGAAAAAUUUUAUAUACCACAAUGCACACCUGAUGGUAGAUACGAACAAGUCCAAUGUUAUUCUGGUUAUUGUUGGUGUGUUUAUCAAGACACGGGUAAACCUAUACCUGGAACGUCUUCGAAAGACACUAAACCAAAUUGUGAUCCAGCACCUACACCUAGCAGACCAAUAAAAGGAUGUCCCGAGAUUAAAAAACAAAUUUUCUUACGAAACUUGAUGGAUGUAUUGAAAAAGAAAAUGAAAGAUUCUAAUUCAAGUGAAAUAACAGCCAACUGGCAGGCUUCCAAAGAAGAACAAAUAGCCACGUGGCAUUUUGUAAUGCUUGAUAAAAACAAAAAUAAGGUACUGGAAAGAAAAGAAUGGAAGAGUUUUCGCAUCAUGGUCUCUAACAAUAAGUUGCUUCGUAAAUGUGGCAAAAGAUUGCCUAGGUAUUGUGAUAUCAAUAAUGACAGAAAAAUCAGUAUGACGGAAUGGUUGAGUUGCCUAAGUACUCAACCUGUAGCAACAGCUGAAAGUUCUGAAAAUUCAUCUACGAACAAGCCAAAGAGGAUGGGUCCUAAUCCAUUGGAUCAAUUUCUCAAUGACGACGAUUAAUACAAAUUUGAUGUGAUAUGCAUUAUCAUUUAAUCUAUGCAAUGUUAAAUGCAUUGCAAUAAUUUAGUAUUAUUUAAUCAUGGAAUUUAAUUGAAAAUUAGAUUGACAAAUUAGUAAAA